AUGGGCAUAUGGCAGCCUCAGACCAUUCGGCAGACUCUUCAAAAGACACUGCAGUACUUUGAGCAUCAAGUUAUUGGUUACAGAGAUGCAGAGAAGAAUUUUCACAAUAUAUCAAACAGAUGCUCCUAUACAGACUGCUCUGGCAAUGAAGAAACUGAAGAUGUCUCAGGAAUUCUCCAGUGUACGGCUAAUGUGCUUGGUCUGAAGUUUGAGGAAAUGCAAGAGAAGUUUGGGGAAGAAUUCUUCAAUAUCUGCUUUGAGGAGAAUGAGAGAGUGCUUCGAGCUGUAGGUGGGACCCUUCAAGACUUCUUCAAUGGCUUUGAUGCUUUGCUGGAGCAUAUUAGAACUUCAUUUGGAAGACAGGCCACCCUGGAAUCUCCUUCUUUCCUAUGCAAAGAACUCCCUGAAGGCAAUCUCAUGCUUCAUUAUUUUCACCCGCAUCAGAUUGUGGGAUUUGCAAUGACAGGAAUGAUAAAAGCAGCAGCAAAGAAGAUUUACCGCUUGGAAGUGGAAGUAGAACAGGUCACAAACGAUAAGUUGUGUUCAGAGGGGACAAACCCAGGUAACUGCAGUUGUUUGACUUUCCUUAUCAAAGAACAUGAAAAUGCAAAUACCACAAAAGCACUUCCACCAGGAACUUCCCAGUCCCCCUUAGACCUGAGGAUUAGUAUCAGCACCUUCUGCAGAGCUUUCCCCUUUCACCUGAUGUUUGAUCCAAACAUGCUGGUUCUCCAGCUUGGAGAAGGUCUUAGGAAGCAGCUGAGAUGUGACACUCAUAAAACGCUGAAAUUCCAAGAGUGCUUUGACAUAGUCUCUCCUAAAAUCAGUGCCACAUUUGAACGAGUUCUCCUGAGGUUAUCUACACCCUUUGUCAUCCGGACCAAACUUGAGGAUUCUGAUUCUGAAAGUAAAGAUAAGGUGAUGGAAAUUAAAGGACAAAUGAUUCAUGUGCCAGAAUCAAACUCUAUAUUGUUUCUGGGAUCCCCCUGUGUGGACAAGCUGGAUGAGCUGAUGGGCCGAGGCCUCCAUCUUUCGGACAUACCUAUCCAUGAUGCUACUCGUGAUGUCAUACUGGUUGGGGAGCAAGCAAAGGCACAGGAUGGCUUGAAAAAACGAAUGGAUAAGCUGAAGGCAACACUCGAAUGUACACACCAAGCCCUGGAAGAGGAGAAAAAGAAGACAGUAGAUCUCCUUAUUUCUAUUUUCCCUGAAGAGGUGGCUCAGCAGUUGUGGCAGGGGCAGCAGGUUCAGGCCAGGAAGUUUGAUGAUGUGACCAUGCUCUUCUCGGACAUUGUUGGCUUCACUGCCAUCUGUGCCCAGUGCACGCCCAUGCAGGUCAUCAGCAUGCUCAACGAGCUCUACACGCGCUUCGACCACCAGUGUGGAUUCCUUGACAUCUACAAGGUGGAAACAAUAGGUGAUGCGUACUGCGUUGCAGCAGGGCUCCAUAAGAAAAGCCUUAGUCAUGCCAAAGCCAUUGCCCUGAUGGCAUUGAAGAUGAUGGAGCUUUCAGAAGAGGUUCUUACUCCAGAUGGAAGCCCAAUUAAGAUGAGGAUAGGCAUUCACUCAGGUUCGGUGCUGGCCGGCGUCGUCGGCGUGAGAAUGCCGCGCUACUGCCUCUUUGGGAACAACGUCACCCUGGCGAGCAAGUUCGAGUCAGGGAGUCACCCACGCCGCAUCAACGUCAGUCCCACCACGUACCAGUUUGUAUCAGAAUGUGCAAAGAAGUCAGGCAUUGGAGGCAAGGAAGCACAACAGAAAAGCCAGCCAUUCCUGCUAAAAAUAAUAUGUAACAGAAGAAGUGGGAGAUAUCUCCCAAAGUGAGGUAGUUUUAUGCACUAUUACAGCUUUUGACUGGAGAUUUGGGUUCCACCCGUUAAACACAGUUUUCAUGAAAGAAAGCACACUCCCAUUGUCUCAGAAGGAAGUCAAAUGCCAGUAUUUUGCCAGUAAGGCCAAGAGAUUACAAAGAGAUUUAAUGCUUUCUUGAAGACAGAAUUUUAUUUAGCACUGUAAAGACGCACUUGAUAGAAGCAUGCUCAUAAUGUAGGAAAAAAGAUUGAAAAUGGCAAAUCAUUAUCCCUAGCAUUUUGAAGAAAUUAUGCAAAUGGAGAGAAGGCUUGA